AUGCAUUUGCGCCAGUUAAGUCGAGCACUAACAGGCGCAUGCGCUUUGUUCUCUCUUGGUGCCAAAUCAAAAUUUGUUGAGCAACAAUACGAAUACCGUUCAGUUCAGAUACCUGUUUCUCAAUUCUAUGACAACACCGCGACGGAAGAUUUCGAUGGUAACAAGGCAGGAUAUGCCAUUGAGUUGCUUCCCACUGGGGAGCUAGCGAGCGAGAACAUAAGAUUUGCACUGCCGAAAUGGGGUAACGGUCGACCCGACAACUUCGUUUCGCACAAGCAAAAAAUUUCGGUUAAUGCUGGCCAUGUUCGAGAGUUUCACAUUCUUUACGCUGGUGAUUGGAUUGAUGGCGAGAAUGGGGCAGAGUUUGAAUUUGAAUUUCAGAACGGGGGCGACAAGUUGUUCAGUAACUGGUGGGAUCUUCACUGGUUGAAUAAUGGUGCAAUCCAAACACCGUAUCACAACACACCUGACGGUCGCAAUUAUAACAUCACUCAAGUGCAUCAUUGGUUUAGUACCGUUUCCUCGGUUUCGCCGCUUAAGGCCAUUCGCUUGGUUCCUGCAUAUGCACCUGACAGCCAUUCGGGCGGCCCAUCACCAGCCAUCAGCGUAAAGAAUGUUCGCCUGACAACGCUUAAAACGGAUGAAGGGAAUUCCAUUGUCGAGGUCACGCUUGCAAAUCUUCGAGCUCUCGCAACUUCUGAUUACUACGCCUUCGCAUCCGAGAAUGCGUCUACUAGCACCGUGCAUAGACACCGUUCGCCCAGACUACCACAUCCGGAUGGGAAUCGACAAGUCGUACUAGGCCAUAAACAUAGAGACCAUGCACGGGAUCAUGAGCACUACUCUUCCAUGGUUCUCACAGGUCCUCACCAAGUAAUCAUUCGUCCUAUUGAUGGCCAGAUUGGUCUUCGUACAGUUACUCCCGGAAAGGUAUUUAGGUUGAUGCCAGGGGACGAUGCGCGCGUUGACGUGAUUGCUACCGCGCUGGGCCUGCCUGCCUCGAUGUAUCGAUGGAUCACAUUCCGAGAGAACAGUAUAGAAGUUGAGGUUAUUCUUCUUUCACUUGAGACCAACUCCCCUACUACGAGAGCAACUGGGUGGGAACUUGAUCUUGGGAAUGUGGAUACGUUGAAGCGAAACGGCAAUUUCUGGAAGCCCACAGUGGCAAGUUUGUCACGACACGAAACCCCCCGCUGGUGGAACAAUGCAAAAUUCGGAAUUUUGCCCCAGGGAUAUUAUGAAGAGUGGUACAAUUGGUGGCUUCACAACCCAGCCCAGCCAUCCAACGAGCUUUGGAAUCAUCACCGUGAUACAUACGGAGAAAGCAAGUUGUACGAUGAUUUUAUCCCAGAAUUCACUGGUGCAAAAUUCAACGCUUCACGAUGGAUCAACUUGUUUGCAACGGCAGGCGCAAAAUACUUUGUCCUCGUGACGAAACACCACGACGGAUUCGCCUUAUUUGAUACGCAUAAUUCCACAUCCAAGGAGCAACCAGAUAUGCAUAAAGGGACCUACUACAGCUUACCAGAAUGGUUUAAUCCUGACGCCGGCCCAUACGGAUUUGGCGACUGGCCAGGCCAUCUCGCGACAGGUGCAUACAACCACUCGUUGAUAGAACCCUAUACUGGGCGCCUGGAAGGGAAAGACUAUCUUCGGGACAUUCAACAAGAACACAUGCGAAUUUUGACUCAAGAAUAUGGGUCCGAGAUCAUGUGGUGCGAUAUUGGAGGACCGAACCGUACUUUGGAAUUUGCCGCCGAGUGGUACAACCAAGCGACCAAGGCAGGAAAACAAGUGACCAUGAAUAACAGAUGUGGGGUUGUACCCGACUUUGAUACUCCCGAGUAUGCAAGAUUUAGCUCGAUUCAAACUCACAGCUGGGAGACCAGUGAGGGAAUAGAUCCAUACAGUUAUGGAUACAACCGACAAACCAAGGACGAAGAGUAUCGUUCUGCAGAGACUAUUAUCCAAUCUUUAGUUGAUAUUGUAUCCAAGAACGGAAACUACCUGCUUAACCUGGGACCCACGGGUGAAGGAGAGAUAAUCCCUGCGAUGGUCGAGCGAUUGGUUGAGGUCGGAGAAUGGCUCGGACACUCUGGGGAGUGCGUUUUUAACACGACAUACUCAUUCCUUGGUGCGGAAUCCAACUCCAUCAGAUUCACAACGACUCCCAAAUCCUUCUGUAUUAUAUCUUUAUCCGAGCCCGAAGGCGAUCGGCUAGUCGUUGAACGCCCAGUACCCAUUCUUCCUGGUGAUACCAUCACGUUCCUUGGCGAUAAAAGUGAAAAGCCGGUUCCAUGGACCUAUAGGGAUGGCAGGCUCACGAUUUUUACUACCAAAUCUAUAAAUACUGUCAAGAGUGCAUGGGCAUUCAAGAUUACUUAUGGGGACGCAAGUGCAAGAAGCUUUAUUCGAGCCAAACAGGACCUGAACCGUGAAAAGAUUGUGGGGGAGCAACGCCUGCUGGAUCUUUCAAAAGACCAGUUGGAAGAGAUUCUACUUCAUAUCACUAGUCUACAUGCGUCCAGCCCGCUUUUUCCAUGGUCGAGUAGAGUAUACCAUAAUCUCACGGAACUUCGUCUAAGUUAUAGCUCUGUCCAACAUAGCAACGAGAUUUCAGAGUCUAAUUUUGUAGGCAUCCUCAGAUCGAGCCCCCUACUGCGAAGGCUGGAAUUUGCGUUCUUCGUGGUUGACGUACUCCCUGCUGCUACUCCCGUUAGACCUAUAGUUCUGGAGCAUAUGGAGGAGUUAAAGGUAACCAUUAGAAAAUCAAUGCCAUCGGGUGUGUUCGAUGUAGGAUGCUUGUUACGAUGGAUUGCACCCGGUUCGAAUCCUCUCCAAGUAGUCAUAGAUCAAAGGCACAACAAGUGGAGCGUCGCCAUUCAAGAAAAUAGCGUAUUUAGGGACAAGCUGGUCGUAGACUUCUUCUCUCGCUCAAACGUGACACAGGUUAUCGCGACCUUUGAACAUCAUCUCAGCGUGUUAGCUGAUCUGAUAGACAUCGCACCAAACAUUCGGGCUAUAAUCCUUGAGCAAUUUGGUUUCCAAGUAGUUCCGGAAGCUCACUCCAUUCCUCAAUCACACAUUUGCCUAGAUUCUCUUUAUCUACUUCGGUCAGGUGUUGAUAUCCCGAAGUUGAUGAACGCUAUUCGUGUGUGUAAAAUCCGGAAAAUUUUCUUCUGGGGCUGCUUUAUUUCGCAAUCUCCCAUCGUACUGAGCUCGGAUAACGACGCUAUCUCUCGUGCUCUGGAAAACUCAUCAUUAUCCUACCGCCCAACUAUCGAAUAUCUCCCAAACCAUCCUCUUCAUCCAACAGGACAUCCAUUCCAGUUUCACCCGUAA